CGGCUGACGGCGGGGGAGGAGCCGGGUCCACUGCCGGGUGGAGGGGCAAGGCGAGUGUCCUUAUCCUACCGAUCGGGGCCCGGGCCUGGGAGCCAGUCGGAGUCGCGGCAGCGUGAGCGAUCGGGCCGAGCGGAAGCCGACAUGUUGCUCUUCGUGGAGCAGGUAACAUCUAAAGGCACUGGUUUAAAUCCUAAUGCCAAAGUAUGGCAAGAACUUCCUUCUGGAAAUCCUGAUGGCACUCCUGUAACUGAAAGCUCUUGGCAUGAAACUGCAGCCACAUCUGGAUCUCAUCCUGAGGGUAGUACAGAACUUUCAGAAGAUAUGUGCAAGGAAUAUGAAGUAAUGUAUUCUCCAGCUUGUGAGCCCACAAGAAAUACUACAGACAUCGAAGAGUCAGCUGAUGGAAUGAUUUUAGGACCUGAAGAUCUGGGUUACCAAAUAUAUGAUGUUUCUGGAGAAAGCAGUUCAACAAUUUCUACAGAAGACUUAAAAGAAUGUCUGAAAAAGCAAUUAGAGUUCUGUUUUUCACGAGAAAAUCUGUCGAAGGAUCUUUACUUGAUAUCUCAAAUGGACAGUGAUCAGUUCAUCCCUAUAUGGACAGUUGCCAACAUGGAAGAGAUAAAAAAACUGACCACAGAUCUGGAUUUAAUUCUUGAGGUGUUGAGAUCUUCCCCUAUGGUACAAGUUGAUGAGAAGGGCGAGAAAGUGAGACCGAGUCAUAAACGUUGUAUCGUAAUUCUCAGAGAAAUUCCUGAAACAACACCAGUAGAGGAAGUGAAAGCUUUGUUUAAAAGUGAAAACUGCCCCAAGGUGAUAAGCUGUGAAUUUGCACACAACAGCAACUGGUACAUCACUUUCCAGUCGGACACAGAUGCACAGCAGGCUUUUAAAUAUUUAAGAGAAGAAGUUAAAACAUUUCAGGGCAAGCCAAUCAUGGCAAGGAUAAAAGCCAUUAAUACAUUUUUUGCUAAGAAUGGUUAUCGAUUAAUGGAUUCUAGUAUGUAUACUCAACCCAUUCAGACUCCAACCCAAUACCCCUCACCAGUCUUUAUGCAGCCAGUGUAUAACCCUCACCAGCAGUACUCAGUGUAUAGUAUUGUGCCUCCGUCUUGGUCUCCAAGUCCUGCACCUUACUUUGAAACACCACUGGCUCCUUUUCCAAAUGGUAGUUUUCUGAAUGGCUUUAGUUCACCGGGAUCUUAUAAAACAACCGCUGCUGCUGCUGCUGCUGCUGCUGUGAAUAUGGGCCGACCAUUCCAAAAAAAUCGUGUGAAGCCUCAUUUUAGGUCAUCCAGUGGUUCAGAACACUCAACAGAGGGCUCUGUGUCUUUGGGGGAUGGACCAUUGAGCAGAUCUAGUUCAAGGAACUUUCUCUCGGAACGGCAUAACCCUACAGUAACAGGGAAUCAAGAACAAACUUACCUUCCAAAGGAGGCUCCCAUUUUACAGAUGGAACAGAAUGGGGACUUUGGUAGAGGCAGGAGAACGCUUUUCAGAGGUCGGAGACGAAGAGAAGAUGACAGGAUCCCAAGACCCCAGCCUUCAACACCUGAAGCAAAGGCUCCAACACCAAAGUUUGACUUAUUAGCUACAAAUUUUCCUCCUCUACCUGGAAGUUCGUCAAGAAUGCCAGAUGAACUUGUUUUGGAGAAUAGAAUGUCUGAUGUUGUUAAAGGUGUCUGCAAAGAAAAGGACAGUGAAGACUUGAGAGUGAGUUGCCCAGUGCCUGCAGAGGAUGAACAGACAGACUGUGCUUCUGCCCAGCAACUCAGCAGAAGUCCUGGUCCUUCCUGUACAGCUGAGCCUCCUGCAUUAAGCACAACUCAGCAAGAGAAAGAUGAGAUGGAGGAUUCUGCAGUUCCAAAGGAUGGUCUCAGUCACAUGACUGUACCUGUUUCUUCUCCAGCCUCUACAAAGCCAUCAAGGGCAGACACUGCUUCACCUUGCAAUAGUAACGUAAACACACCCACAGCUGUGAGUCUCCAGGAACCUCGAAAGUUAAGUUAUGCUGAAGUGUGUCAGAAGCCUCCUAAAGAGCCAUCUCCAGUUCCUGUACAGCCACUACGGGAACUUCGAUCCAAUGUCGUGUCUCCCACCAGAAAUGAAGAGAACGGAGCUCCCGAGAAGCCUGUUGAAAAAGCACAGGACAAACCAGAAACAAGGGCUAGUAAGGACCAUUCUGGCUUCCGAGGCAAUGCCAUUCCCAGGGGAGCCGCUGGAAAAAUCAGGGAACAGAGACGCCAGUUUAGCCAUAGGGCUACACCUCAGGGAGUGACUCGACGUAAUGGGAAGGAGCAGUUGGUGCCACCCAGAUCACCAAAGUAAAAACAAACCGUAACAAAACCACUCAGAAACUUCUCUCUUCCCAUUAAACUUGAGCCUAUAUUGAACUGUUCUUGAGGGAGGAAGUAGCCAGGAAAGAUGGGAAGUAUGUCCUUAAAUAAUGGAUUUUGGAAUUGUAAGAGGAGCCCAAAAUUCAUCUCUAAACGUUUUUCAAAUGCUGGAGGAUUCCAAUCAGUAUAAAUAUAUAUAAAUAUAUAUAUAUACACAUAUAUAUAAAUAUAAUUUUCUAUUUUUGUUUUUGAUUUUAAUUUGCAGGGAUUUUCUGCCUGGAAUCAAUUUUGAGGGUUCAGAUUUAGCUUGGGAGAGAAAACAAAAAAACAUUAUACAUCCUUCAGUAUAGGAGACGAGGGAGUGAGAGAAAAUAUUUUUUGAAGAAAUUUUGACAUUUCUGUAAAAAUUAGAAAUUACUUUUUUUAAUCUAUUUAAAGUUUGGCUUGAAGAAUGCCAUCUCUUGACUAAAUGGCCUUGUGUUGCAAAGCAGAUCAGUAGCUGGGGUGUCUGUUCUGGGUAUGAGUGUGUGCAAACGUGAUUUAAGCCAAAUCUGUUGUCAUGUUAGUAAAUGAUUUAAAAACUGAAUGUAAUACUUGAGUAGAUUUUUUUUUUUGUAGUUUGGAAUUUAGUUUUUUGACAUUACUAAUAUUGUAUUGUAUUGAGCUAGCUAUUAAGCUCUGAUUGUGUGUGAAGCUGUGACUACCAAUCAGUUUGAUAUUCAAGAAAAGAAUAGAGAUUAUUCAAAAAAAAUUGAAAAAAUUCUGUUUUAGACCUGAAUACUGGAUAGGUCAAAUAGAUUUCAGAGGUUCAAACUGCCCUGUGACUUUUUUUUUCCAUUUCUCUUUAAAAUGGGAGACAAAUUUUUUUCUUAGUUGUUUAUUUGUCUCUGUUCUUUGACUUUUCACCCCCAGAAGCAAAAUAACCAACCAUUUCCUGGAUUGUGGUUUCUCACUACUUUGACCAAUUUGAUCAAAUCAUAUAACUAUCCUAAAUAUUAUAAUGGAUUAUUGAAAGAUUUUAUUCUUCUAUUAAAGAAAUUAGAAUUUUAGAUCCCAGAACGGUACUGGCCUGCCAUUAAUUUAUUUGUAUUGGUGUUAAAAAUGAAACAAAGUGCUUCUGGGUGUGGUGGCAGACAUCUUCAAUUCCAGCUUCAGAGGCAAGGGCAGGUGGAUCUGGGUUCCUGGCCCGCCUGGUUUUUGUGAGAUCCUGUCCAUGCAGGCCUGCCUAGUGAGAGACCCUGUCUCAAAAAAAGAAAAAAGAAAAAAAAAAAAGGAUGAAAAGAAAGAAUGAAAGAUGAAGCAAUGUAAAAGAGAAAAAAAUUUAAGAAUUUAUUUGGGGGACUUUUUCUUUUUACAAUAUUUGGCAUCUUUCUGCCCCCAUUCCUCCAAAAAAUAGAGUUUGGAAUUCACUGACUAAGAACAGCAAGUCAGGGAAUUUUUGAGAUAAAGUGAGAAAAAUGGUUGAAGAAAGUAAAUGCAUAAUUUCUCCGUGAAUAAAGUUGUAGCUGUCAUAUAUUCAAUAGGCGAGUUUACAUACUGGUGUUUAGAAAACAGCUCAAAAAUGAUAAACCAUGUUGCAUUAAUCGUUUUAAGUCAUACCAUUUUUAUAGUUCUAUGUAGGGUGGUGGUUUAUUUUUCUGCUUAGGGAUAGUUUACAAUAGUAAGAACUGUCCCUUAUAUUAGUGAGUUUCGUAUGUACAAAUUGAAACUGUAAAUUGUGAACACUGGAAAGCAACAUUGUGACAUAAACAUCGUAGUAAUAUAUUUAAAAUGAAUGUAAAUGGAAGUUAAAAUUACAUUACUGUGAAAAUUACCUUCCAACUCUUUAAGUGUCAGAGAUUUGUGUUAGUGGGUAAUUCUUAAAAGCUUUGAAAACACUGCACGAUCCGUGUAACCAGAAUUAUUUCUUUGUAACUUAUUCAACUUGACAAGUGCUUUUGAUUUGGUGGGUUGAUAACAUGGUAUAUUUGCUCAGUUGGAAAUGAUUAUUUCUACAUACUAUUUUUUUAAUCAUCUACUAGAUGAAACAUACAAUAAAACUACCUGUACUAAAAUUUGGGAGAACUUUAGAUCCUUUAAAAAGUAUUAAUAAUCGUUAGCUACAUCUAUGAUAAAAGUGUUUAUUCUCGUUUACUUAGAAAUGAUAAACAUUUAAAGUGUUAACAUCCUAUGAAUGCAGUGGAUUAAUAGAAUAAACAUUUUGCAAAAAUCACUUGGUAAAGAUGAUAAACUUUAUUUUUGCACUUAAAAUGAAGAAAAAUUGUUUUGUUUGUUUAAAUGUGUCACAGAUGUUAGUUUCCAAUUUCUUGUAAGCUUAUGUGAUUCACUGGUAGUCUUUUAACUUCUAAAACGCCACAGGUUGCUUUUUUACAGUGCUGCCCUUGAACCCGGGACCUUGCACAGGCUCCAUAUGUGUCCAGCACUGAGCUAUACCACAACUUCUAAAAGGUUCUGAUUGAAAUUCAAGAAAAUUUUCCUUAAAAACAAACAACAACAACAACAAAAAAAAAAACCACAAGUAUGUUCUUGUUUUUUCUCCAAAUACUGAGUAUAGAAAUUUUUUUUAAGCAUAGGAUUUUUGAUUUAAUUUUCCUCAGUACUUCUAAAUAGCUCCCAUUCGAUGGGUGUGUGUGUGGGGUUGGGGUGUAAUGAGAAUGAAUAUGUAACAUAUAUAUAUUCACAGUGUGUAUUUGACAGUUAUUUUAUUGCAGCAGAUUUAGGUUUUGUGUGUAAAUGAUGCCUGUGAGUUGUGUGGAACUGGCUUUUGCCCAUUGUUACUAUUCAAGCCAAUUGGGUUGGUGUUCACUGUAUUUCAGCUAUUUAUUGGUUCUUUAGAUGGGGAAAUUUAAAUAUCAAAGUUUUCUCUUCACCCUAUGACUUAAUAUUUCCCUGCAUUGUUGAAGGCCAAAAGUAGACAAAAGUGAUAUUGAAUGCAUGCUACAAUAGUGCAUUAUGAACAGAGCAAAAGUCACACAGGUUCACACUUUGCGCUUCGUAGAGAAGGUAGGCAGAGGGGCACGGCAGAACCUUCUUGUCUUCUGUCUUGGUAAUAUCAGAUAUCUGUCUAUAAUCUGAGGAAUCUCAAUUUUUCCAAAUACAGUCAAUGGCAUUUAAAAUAGAGAUCCAUCUAAAUUUUUACCCCGCUGUAUUUUGGAGACAGAUGAGACCUUUCAAUGAUGAGGGGUUUGUUGUUGUCUUACCUGCAUAUUUUGCAUAUAAUCUAGGAUAUGCAGAAUUUUAAUUUAUUUUUAGUUCCUAAAGUUAAGGUAGCUUCAAUAUUUCACAUUCCUUUUUCUUUUUAAAUAACCAGAUUUGCUUUGCAAAGACCUAGGGUUGGAAUUAAGUUAGUAGCUUUCCUUAGGAUAAAGAGAACCAGAAAAUCUUACUUAAGAGUUAGGAGCACUUUCUCUAGUUUUGUUAGUUGUAUGGCCUUAAUAAUCAGUCUUGUGGCUUACAUGUUUGCUGGUUUUACUUUGACACAGUUGAACAGCACUGGGAUUCAGUUCCUGAUGUUUGUGUUGGCAAUAUAUAUUAACCAUAUUUUAAGAGUAUCAAUUCUGGCUUUUUAUGGAAAAGAUAAAAAUCAAACAGUAUAUUCCUUUUGAGGGUUUUUUUUAAUACGUAAAUAUAUAUAAAUAUAAUAUAUGAUGGAUUUUUUCUAAUUUUUUAUAUUUCCUUACAAUUUGGUGGGUAUUAAUCUAACUUUAGACUCUUUGGCAUAUACUACGUAGCUAGUCUGGGCUUUCAAGAUGCAUGGACAUUUCAGUUUUUAUUAGCUGAAUGAGGACAUUUAGAAUUCUCUUUUCAAAGUGACCUGAUUACUAAAUAACUUAAUGUUUAUUUUUAAACUAACAAUUUGUUAUGUCUUAUUAGACUGUCCUAAAGGUGAGGCUCCGAUGUCUGUGAGCUGUGGGCCAAGUAUUCUGUUUUCAGUUCUAUAGCACAGAACACUGAUUAGUAAUGUAAAGAGACAUCCACAUUGAUGUUCUGUUUUUGUUUUUUCAGCUGAUUCAGGUGUCCCUUGAGUGAUAUCUCUUAAAUGUUGGGGGAGUGAGGUGUCAGAACCAGUUACCUGGCUUCUGUUCUGUCUGUAGCUUAGACUUGUCCCUGUUAAAACUAUCCCCUCACCCCUCCCAAAACUGGUGUGGCACAUACUCAUGCAUAAUCUGUUAAAAUGAACAUCUUUGUAUUUGUAUUUGUUUUCAACAUUGCCAAGGUGCUAUGGGAAAUUAAAAUUACAAAAUUAGAAAAAAAAUAAAAUUAUCCAAAAGCA